AUGGCCGCCGUCUUCUUCCACCACGUCGUCGGCGACCUCACCGUCGGCAAGCCCGAGGUCGCCGAACUGCACGACACCGACACGCUCGACGACGCCGCGCGCGCCAUCGCCGCCAGCCCCGAGGGCGCCGUGCCCGUCUGGCGCCCCAGGGCCGCGCCCGACGACCCACCCUCCGGGGCCAGGUUCAUCGGCAUGAUCUCCGCGCUCGACAUCGCCGCCUUCGUCGCCGCCGCGGGGGUCGGGGACCGCGCCAUGCGCGCCGUCGUCGGCGAGGUCGUGCAGCCCAAUCCCGCGCUGCUCAGGGAGAUCGAUCCGGGUACCAGGUUGAUCGAUGCUCUGGAGCUGAUGAGGCAUGGAGUGAAGCGCUUCCUUGUUCGCAAGAGUGGGAGCUGGAAAGGCAUUACCAAGAGAUUUUCAGUGCUUUAUAAUGGCAAAUGGCUGAAGAACAUGGAAUCAACAUCUCCAAAUGCAGCCAGCAGCAGCAGCAUGCCGCUAUCCCCGCCUUCUGGUUCUGCAGACAAGUUUUGCUGCCUAUCAAGGGAAGAUGUUCUCCGGUUUCUCAUUGGAUGCCUUGGUGCUCUUGCUCCCAUCCCGCUGACUCAGAUAUCUUCCCUUGGAGCCAUCAAUCCGCAGUACAGUUUCGUGGAAGCAUCUGCGCCUGCCAUGGAAGCAAUUCAGAAGAUCCCUCAAGACCCAUGCGCCGUUGCUGUUGUGGAGACAACGCCAGAUGGAACUCGUAAGAUACUAGGAGACAUCUCUACUUACAAGCUGUGGAAAUGUGACUAUGUUUCAGCUGCAUGGGCACUGGCAAACCUGUCGGCUGGGCAGUUCGUCAUUGGUGCCGAUGAGAAUGGGUCGAUGCCCAUCUCAGUCUUCCCAGAGCCUCCCAUCAGCCCAUCGUCACCAGUGGAGGAGAUCAGUCCUGGGCGCUCGCCAAGGGCGAAGAAGUUCAGCAGCAGGAGCAUCGGGUUCCUUAACAACACCCAGGCUAGCCAGAUGUCAGCGUGGCGGACACGGAGUGCGUACCACCGUGGCAGGAGCACGCCGCUGAUGUGCAAGACCACGAGCACCCUUGCGGCGGUCAUGGCGCAGAUGCUGUCCCACCGGGCCACGCACGUCUGGGUGACGGACGCAGAGUCGGAGGAGGACGGCAUCCUCAUCGGCGUUGUGGGCUACACCGAGAUCUUCAAUGCCGCCACCAGGAGCACCUGCUCGAGUCCGACAACAUCUUGA